CCCGUCGUUGGCUGACAGGGAAUCAAAGUGGGGCUGGAUGUCAUUCUCUGACCUUCGAAGUACCUUUGAUCUCUAGGUACAUGAAGGUACAGGAGCUAAGGGACUAGGGGUGGAUUGAAUUUCAUACACAGGACAGUCCUAAAAUAAAGCCAACGCCAAUGUAGCACACCCCUGCCACCCGCGCCUGCCCUGUAUGGCCUUGCCUUAUGACUGACAGUCGAUGACUUAUUGGGUGGAUUGGGACAAGGAGUGUGACUCCUCGACUACACCACCAUCAAGACACAUCCACGUCUAUUCCGACGAGGUACGGACCCCAAAACAAAACCAAGUUCUGAAGUCACCACCAGUGUUAAGGCUAACAGCAAUCUACAUGUACCUUCGCUACCUUCGCUACAUUUUCUACAUUUAUCUUCCAGUCCACCCUUCCUUCUUAACCUUCUUACUCCCACUCCUUAUUUCUAACCUGUCUACCUACACUUUGGUCACCUAUCCAUCUACAAACACAUAUCUAUCCAUCCACUUCUACCAUCUACAUCAUCUACGCCCUUCGCUCCAAUCUCAAUUCUUGCCACCCGUGGAUAUAAACAGCUUCCAAUUCCUGUUUUGUUUAUGCGCACUGCUAGACUCGGCGAUUAGACCACCUUCAGGUACUUUAUACCGAUACCAUUAAUUAGAGCUCCCAUCCCCGCAAAUGGUGGCCCUCAGCUCAACAUCAAUUCACUAUCGCUUUCGCCGCCG